GUCACUCUGGUUAACAAAAAGUUGCUCGACUCGAACGGAAGCGCAUUGCGUUGAAAUUUAAUUUGGGAAUAAUAUAAAGGCGAAGGCGGUACAGUGAACACCCAUCAACAUGGACUGCGGCACAUCUCUGGUCAAGUACAUCCUCUUCAUAUUCAACACCAUUGUGUCGGUCAUCGGCAUUUUGGGCGUUGUUUAUGGCGUGCUGAUCCUAAAAAGUAUCGGAACAAUUGAAGUAAAUGGACAGGUGGGCUUCCCCCCACAGGCCCUCAUGCCGAUCGUUUUGAUCAGUAUCGGCUCGGUAGUGGUCUUCAUCUCGUUCCUAGGAUGCUGCGGUGCCAUUCGCGAAUCUGUCUGCAUGACCAUGAGCUAUGCUGUCUUCUUGCUGAUCCUGCUGAUCCUGCAGCUGACACUGAUUACGCUGCUUUUCACUAACAAGGAUGAGUUUGAGAAGAAAAUGGGCGACAUCAUCGACAAAGCCUGGCAAGCAGACUCCCACGGAGAGGGAGGUGUCUUUGAUGCCAUCCAACAAUCGCUGCACUGCUGCGGAUCUAACUCUGCCGCAGACUACUUUGUUAAUGGAAAAACGCUGCCUUCGAGCUGUUGCGAUGGUUCAUGCUUGAUCCCCACCAACUACUAUCCAGGAUGCCGUGGCAAGUUUGUCGAGACAAUGUCAGCUAGCACUGACAACGCCAAGUAUACGGGCAUCGGCCUAAUUGCAGUUGAGCUGGUCGGCUUCAUCUUUGCCUGUUGCCUGGCCAACAAUGUGCGCAACUACAAGCGCCGUAACGCCUACUAAGGGCUAUGUACACACAUCAACCACAUCGGGAGGCACACACCCGCAUCUAGCAGCACACACUCCUCACAUUCUCAUUAACUUUUACAGUCGUCAAACGCACGUACACAAAGAAAUAAACAACAAAUAAUUUGAAGUAAGCCAUUUAUCUGAAUAUUUGUCAUAAAAAAACGAAAAAAAUCUAAGUUUAAGGCGAUGUGAAACGCUUCGAUUUUGUAUAUCCUAUUUAAUAUUGGUAUAAUUCAAUUCCACCUGAAACGAGCAAACAAAACACUUUCCAAAGCAUUUGUACAAACGAUUUACUGGUUAAACCGUUACCCCAGGAAAUAAUUAAAUAAACUCGUUAAUAAUGACAUCUUUGUUUAAAACUAAUCAUAUUCUAUAUUAACUGUUGAACCGACCAAAAGGAAAUAUAAAUUUAUAUUGAACAUAUAUACCGUAUGUAUGAACAUUGUACACUAUUCAUUGUAUUCGUUAUUGUAAUGAGAAUCUCCGAAAACGAUUUAAGUUUGAAAAAUGCAUCAAUCAACGCGAGCUCGAAUUGCAUAACCAAUUUAUGAAUAAAGCAUUUACUAUGUAUUUAAAUACCAAAAA